UGGAGAAAGAUAAAGUUCCCUGCAGCUGGAUCCCAGUCUGAGCGAGACACCGUUCACGAGCUCACGGACGGUUUGGGGAAUAAACCACGACCGGCUCGCAGGAAAAUCAGGAUUUCCUUGCCAAAGGAGUGUUUGGAAGGAGGAAGAAAAGUGGGAAAGUGUUAAGGGGGGAUAACCGCUCGGAUCAUGAGAGUAGAUGCCGUCUUUCCUGAGCUCGGAUUUCACAAAAUGAGAAACCAGCGCAGUUCUGCAGAGCUCCAGAAACAGAGCGAGAAUGCCGUCUGCUAGCACCAUGACAGGCGGUAGAGCUCUGCUGCUCUGUACGAACACAGAGGACUGCAUCUACCAAUCAGCAAACAGUCCCCGGUGCUGCGGGUUAAAGUUCGAUCAGGCCCAAUCCGUGGUGCUUCAAAGGCCGGACCUGUGUGGGGUUGGGCACAGUCUCACAUCUCUGAGAAACCUCAACCAAAGCUCAGGACAUCCCAUCAUGCUCGCACAUAAAGGGCCCUCUAAUCCUCGACCCGUCAAGAACGGUCUGGCGGACUGCACCAGGUCUCCUAGAACUCCUAAGAGCGCCGCCAGCAUUCGGGACAAGAUAUCCCAAUGGGAAGGUAAAACAGAGACGGUCAUGUCGAUCCCUCAAACGACGGGACUGAAGGACGCUGAAGGUGUGAAGAAGAAGGUACAGCCGGAGGUACAACGGAAAGAGAGCAAGAGAGCUUUUAACUUGGAGAGACAGAACUCGGGGAAAGAAAACAGCAGCAGGUUUGGAGAAUCUCAACACACUUCUGAUGGACCUGAAGAGUUGAUUUCUGAUAUAGUCCCGCUGGGAAAAGUGACUGAACCUUCUCAGGAUCAAAAGUCCGUAUUGACACACAUUAAAAAACUUGAGCUAGCCAUGAAGGAGACUCCCUCAAAAUCUUCCUUGGUAUUGCCUGGGAAUUAUUUCUGCCCUACCUUCAAGGAGGGGCAGGAGGAGGCAGAGAGGAGGGCGACGGAACCCAUCUUCGGGACUCUGGACGUGUCUAGACCCGGCAGCCGUCGAGGUCGCGACCCGGAGAACUUCUACAGUGAACCUGGAGCUCCUUCAAUUAACCCUCUACCCAAACCUCAAAGAACCUUCCAGCAUCACACGCAGACAUUAAGCCUUGCAUCCAAGCAAAGUACUGUCAAGGGUAGAAGGAAUCUUCCCCCAUUACCCUCCAUUCCUCCUCCACCCCUCCCGUCCUGUCCUCCACCGGCGGGAGUUUGUCGGAGGCCAUCAGGACGAACUCGAGAUAGUAACAACAGGAAAUCGUACGAGUUUGAAGAUCUUCUGCAGAUGGCAGCAGAAGGUUGUCGAGCGGAUGUGUACGAGCUCUCGAAGCUAGGCCUCACACGCACUUUAUCAGAAGAGAACGUCUACGAGGACAUCUUAGACCCUCCAUCAAAAGAGAACCCGUAUGAAGACAUAGAAGUGAAAAGUCGAUGUCUGGGGAGUAAAUAUCCUGAUCCUUCAGCGCCGUCCUCUCCUGUUCCCGACACCCCGUCUAAGCUCUCGUCCAAGCCCGGUUUCUUCAGACAGAACUCUGAGCGACGGAGCUUCAAACUGCUGGAGCUGCGGAAGACCGGCAGAGACGGAGGUGUGGCGUCUCCUCCACGGGUCAGUCCUCCAUCAACACCCAGCAGCCCCGAUGACACCCCGUGCCUGUCGGGUGACCCCUAUAACCGCAGACGCAGAAAGAUUCCAAAGAUGGUGCAGAAGAUCAACGGCGUCUUUGAAGCCCGUCGGGGGAAGAAGAGAAUGAAACGGGUCUCGCAGUCCACCGAGUCCAGUUCAGGACGAGUGACGGAUGAGAACAGCGAGUCUGAAAGUGACACGGAGGAGAAACUGAAGGCUCACAGUCAGAGGCUGGUGUCGGUUCAGUCUAUGCUACGGCAAACCGGUCGAUAUCGCACUCUGGAGCGAGACCUGAUGGAGCUUCAGGAGAGAAAGUUGUUUGAGUAUUUUCUAGUCGUGGCUCUUCAUAAGACCAAAGCAGGCGUGCCGUAUCUCCCCGAAGUCGCGCAGCAGUUCCCUCUCAAGCUGGAGCGCAGUUUUAAGUUCAUGCGGGAGACAGAAGAUCAGCUGAAGGUCAUACCGCAGUUCUGUUUCCCCGAUGCUAAAGACUGGGCACCUGUGGACAGUUUUCCCAGUGAGACCUUCUCGUUUGUCUUAACCGGAGAAGAUGGAAGUCGGAGGUUCGGUUACUGUCGGCGUUUACUGCCCAGUGGUAAAGGGAGGCGUCUACCUGAAGUCUACUGUAUAGUGAGCAGACUGGGCUGUUUCGAUCUCUUCUCGAAGAUUCUGGACGAGGUUGAGAAGAGACGAGCCAUCUCUCCAGCGCUGGUCCAGCCGUUCAUGAGAGGGAUCAUGGAAGCUCCGUUUCCAGCGCCGGGCAGAACCAUCAGCAUCAAGAACUUUCUGCCGGGCUCAGGAACAGAGGUGAUCGAGUUGUGCCGUCCGUCAGAUUCCCGUCUGGAACACGUGGAUUUUGAGUGUUUGUUUUCUUCUCUCAGUCUGCGUUUGCUUCUGCGAGUGUUUGCGUCUCUCCUGCUGGAGCGCCGGGUCAUCUUCACCGCUGACAAACUCAGCACUCUCUCUAAAUGUUGUCAUGCGAUUGUGGCUUUGCUCUACCCGUUCACGUGGCAACACACCUACAUCCCCGUUCUGCCGCCUUCCAUGUUGGACAUCGUCUGUACGCCGACCCCCUUCAUCGUCGGGCUGUUAUCCAACUCUCUUUCCCGUCUGAAAGAGCUUCCUUUAGAAGAGGUCCUGGUGGUUGACCUCGGCAGCAGUCGUUUCCUGCGGCAGAUGGACGAUGAAGACUCAAUUCUUCCUCACAAACUUCAGGCCGCUCUGGAACAUGUUCUAGAACAGAGGAAGGAACUCGCCUGUGAUGUCGCAGAUCCUCCAAACGACGCGUGCUGUCUGAGCACCGUGGUGUCGGAGGCGUUCGUGCGGUUCUUCGUGGAGAUUGUGGGUCAUUAUCCUCUCUUCAUGGGUGGAUGCGACCGCGAUGAAGAAUCUUCCGCCUCGUCUUCCUCCUCCCCGACUCCUUCAGCGUUCCAGCGCGAGGCGUUCCGAAAGGCCGUGUCCUCCAAGAGUCUGAGGAGAUUUCUGGAGGUGUUCAUGGAAACACAGAUGUUCACGGGGUUCAUGCAGGAGAGAGAGUUCCGGAGGCAGGGCCUGAAAGGUUUAUUUGAGAUACGGGCACAGGACUAUCUGGAUUCCCUACCAGGCGGUGAACAUCGAGGCGUCAACAAGUUCCUCAAAGGUUUAGGACACAAGAUGAAAUUCCUGUCCAAAAGGUGAAAGCGUUUGUUAGACUCACAAACACCAAAAUAACAGACAAAACGCAGGACGCACGACAGAGACCCGAGAGAAUGUGAGGACCAACAUCACCGUCAAGUGAAGAAAACAACUGAGAAUUUUAAACCUCACGAUCGAUGCGGUGUCUAGAGAUGAACUCUUCUGUGUGUAUACUGUACUUAUCUCUCUUGUCUUCUACAUUUCAGAAGUCAUAUGAGAUAGAGUACAACUUCUUCUGCGGCAGGAGGCUAUAAAUUAAUUUAUAUUCUUUAUUGAAAUAUUAAGAUUUCCUUUGUCAAACUGUGUUUCCUUUGAAUUUAAAUCAAAGCAAAGGCAAUUUGAUGUUGUUAGUUAUAGACUAUUUAUCGUGGCAUAUUACAAGCUUGGGGUUUUCAACCACUUUGAGUUUCCAAGAAACACGGCACUGGGAUGUAUUGAUGGAAGUUUUGUUCCGCAUCACAGAUGGGGAAGAUCUAGAGUCGCUGAGCUGCAGGAUCUGUUCUAGAAUUCACAGCGUUACAGUGUUCAAAAAGUUAAACCAGUACAAAACUUGAGAUGGGAGAUGUUCUCUAUGGAAUGUCAUUUCAGGAGCACCACUAGAGUUACAUCAAAACAAUCUUUUUAAAUAAAGACAUUUCUGUCA